GGCUCCGACUACUCUAAUUGACCACCUUUCCUGUGGGCCCCCGCCCUCCGGUAGCUGUCGGGGAAACCUCGCGAGAUUACUUUCGGCAGUCCCCGACAGUGCCAUCUUUGUGCCUGGCGAAUGUCUGCACCCGACGGGAGCCCUGAAGCCCGCGAUACGCCUGCCAAACUGUCGCUGAGACCGGAUCCGGGAAAUACGAGGCGGGCCUCGGUGGGAGGGACGCGCUGAGGGAGGAGGGAGGAAAGGGGGCGGCGGCGGCUCUCACCGUAUCCGGGCCUCGCGCGGCGUGCACCCGAGGGGGGGUCGGGCGGAGAAGCUGCGCCGGCCCGGACCCCCCGCGGGAACAGGCGGCGGGAGUGAGGGCGAGGCAGCGGCAGCGGCGGACGGGGAGCAGCGGCUGCCGGACAGUGUCUUCAGCCUUCAAGGUUUUGAUUGUGAAUUGCCACGUGUCAAACUGGACAAGGUAUCAUAGUUGAAGUUGCACAAAUUGAUAAAUUGGAGUUCUUUUAAUAGAAAAUGACUGUGGUGUUGGAAGAUCAUUACUACUGGAAGGCCGGUUAGCAUUCAUUUCCUGAGAAAAACUUGACCACCAUUUGCUUUGGCAUGGCGCAAAGCAGUUCGCAGCUUGAUAUGCAGGUUCUCCAUGACCUCCGACAACGUUUUCCUGAGAUUCCAGAGGGUGUGGUGUCUCAGUGCAUGUUACAGAAUAACAACAAUCUUGAAGCCUGCUGCCGAGCCCUUUCCCAGGAGAGUAGCAAAUACUUAUAUAUGGAAUACCAUAGUCCAGAUGACAGCCGAAUGAAUAGAAAUCGCCUUUUGCAUAUUAACCUGGGUAUCCAUUCUCCUAGUAGCUACCACCCAGGAGACGGUGUGCAGCUUAAUGGUGGCCGGACACUGGUGCACAGCUCAAGUGAUGGACACAUUGAUCCGCAGCAUGCGGCAGGCAAACAGCUGAUAUGUUUAGUUCAGGAACCACAUUCAGCUCCAGCUAUUGUGGCUGCUACUCCCAACUACAAUCCAUUUUUUAUGAAUGAACAGAACAGAAGUGCAGCUACUCCUCCUUCCCAGCCACCUCAACAGCCAUCUUCCAUGCAAACAGGAAUGAAUCCAUCUGCUAUGCAAGGGCCUUCGCCACCGCCACCUCCUUCAUACAUGCACGUACCUCGGUAUAGUACAAAUCCAAUCACUGUUACAGUAUCCCAAAACCUCCCUUCUGGACAGGCUGUCCCAAGAGCUUUACAAAUUCUUCCACAAAUUCCAAGCAAUCUCUAUGGGUCUCCUGGUUCUAUUUAUAUCAGACAGACAUCUCAGAGUUCAUCAGGAAGACAAACUCCGCAGAGUUCACCAUGGCAGUCCUCACCUCAGGGCCCAGUGCCUCAUUAUAGCCAACGUCCUUUGCCUGUUUAUUCACAUCAGCAGAACUAUCAACCUUCUCAGUAUUCUCCAAAACAACAGAUCCCUCAGCCUGCUUACCAUUCGCCACCUCCUUCUCAGUGUCCUUCACCCUUCAGCUCUCCACAGCAUCAAGUGCAGCCUUCGCAGUUGGGCCACCCAAGUUCCCAUGUCUUUCUGCCACCUAGUCCUUCGACAACUCCACCCCAUCCAUAUCAACAAGGAUCUCCCUAUCAGAAACAGGGAAGCCAUUCAGUAGCCUAUCUCCCAUACACAACAUCUAGCUUACCCAAAGGAUCCAUGAAGAAGAUCGAAAUUACAGUCGAACCCUCUCAAAGACCUGGGACAGCAAUGAAUCGGAGUCCGUCGCCUAUCAGUAAUCAACCAUCGCCACGGAAUCAGCACUCACUGUACACAGCCACCACUCCACCUUCAAGUUCUCCUUCAAGAGGGUUAUCCAGUCAGCCCAAACCUCCAUUUAGUGUUAAUCCUGUGUAUAUCACGUAUACACAGCCAACUGGACCUUCCUGUGCUCCAUCCCCAGCUCCGCGGGUGAUACCAAACCCAACUACAGUUUUUAAAAUUACUGUAGGCCGAGCAACGACUGAAAAUCUUUUAAAUUUAGUGGACCAAGAAGAACGCUCUGCAGCCCCAGAACCUAUUCAGCCUAUUUCAGUGAUACCAGGCACGGGGGGAGAAAAGGGAAGCCAUAAAUAUCAGAGGAGUUCUAGCUCUGGAUCAGAUGACUAUGCCUAUACACAAGCCUUGCUGUUACAUCAGCGAGCAAGGAUGGAGAGGUUAGCAAAGCAGUUGAAACUUGAGAAAGAGGAGCUAGAGCGGUUGAAGGCUGAAGUGAACAGUAUGGAGCAUGACCUGAUGCAGAGACGGCUCAGAAGGGUCAGCUGCAACACUUCGAUCCCUACGCCUGAGGAAAUGACAAGAUUGAGAAGCAUGAACAGACAACUCCAGAUAAAUGUUGACUGUACACUGAAAGAAGUUGACCUCCUUCAAUCUAGAGGAAACUUUGAUCCAAAAGCCAUGAAUAAUUUUUAUGACAACAUACAACCUGGCCCAGUGGUACCACCCAAGCCAUCUAAAAAAGAUUCAUCAGACCCCUGCACAAUUGAGAGGAAGGCCCGAAGAAUUAGCGUGACCUCCAAAGUACAGGUGGACACCCAUGACACCCAGGCAGCAGGUGCAGAUGAGCAUCUUCCUGGCUCCAAACAGAGUCCUCGAACACGACCCCGAGAUGAAGACUAUGAAGGGGCCCCAUGGAAUUGUGACAGCUGCACUUUCCUGAACCACCCAGCACUAAAUCGUUGUGAGCAGUGUGAGAUGCCUCGGUACACCUGAAUUCCGAAGAGUCUGCACCAUGUUGCGAGUGAAGAGACCUCGAGCACCCAUACGAAGAAAAGGAAACCGUGGGAAUCUUCAUCUGCCCAGACUCUUCAUUUCAGAUUACAUAGGGGGAAGGAGGAAUGACACUGAGGCCGCUUGAGUUCACUAAAGGGAAAAUGGGGAGGGUUUUUCCCCCCCUCUUAACUCAUUACACAGUGAGAGACAGAAAGGGAUACUUGAAACAGAGAAAGGAUUCACUCCUGAAAGAAUGUAUGUACACAGAGAAUUGAAGAGCUCUUCUAUGGAAUCCCAAUUGUUCAAGUUACUGCUGAGUGGCCCUUAUUUUAUAAACUAGAACUUUGACUCAUAGUGUGACAUGUUACAGUUUAUACAGACAAACUGUGAAUUCCCAGAGCAGACUCACCUGGUCUCAGCUCUCUGGAAAACCAAGGCUCCCCACGCUUCUUCCCGUUGCUUCCUAUUAAAGAGAAGAACAGGAACAAGCACCCAGAAUAUGAUUUGGGGGGGCAAAAUAAUAAGGGUAUUUGUAAUUGCUGCUUUUUUCAGGGGUCAUUUCCAACACACAAACAAGAUGUUUUAAAAUGUGAUUUGUAGCAGUCAGGAAUUAGUCAUAUUGUGCCCUUUGUUCAAAAGUACAAUCAGGCGAGAAGAUCCCUUUUGCUUGUACAAUGAUUCACCAAGCUGUAUCAACACUGGUAACUAAGACCUAAUUACGCCACAUAAAAUCUAUUAAGUUACUACAUGCUUUUAUUAGGUCCUUGGUUUUCAAAAUAACAAGUCCUUGCAAAGUAGGAUUUUAUGAAUGACCUUCUUGUAAAACUGCGCUUUGCCAACAGCACAGUGAAUGUAUGCCAAAUGUAAACCCAUUCCAAAAUCCAUCCGGGACUCCUGAUCUCAGCUGUGCUUCUACAAGAAAUAUUUGCAGAGGGCCUUUUUUUUCUCUUUCCAAUUUCGUGAUGAAUUCAUGUUUACAGCACAGAUAAUACUUUGUGCCAUAAUCCUAACUUAGCUGAAAAAAACAAAUCAAUAUUAGUUCAAUAAAUAUUUAUUUGCACACAUGUUAAUAAACCAGUGUGAGGGAAAUUACAGUUGGCCAAUGUUAUCAAGUUGCACACUGCGUUAUUUCGGGAGGAGGAGAAGGCUAGUCAAGAAAUGUGAUUAAGAGAAAGGUGACUACAAAGGACUUCAAAACUAAAAACUGAGUUUGUUCAGGUAGCUCAGGUGAUUCUAAAGCACUCCUUUAUUUCGGAAACCAGAACUUGAGGGUGUGAAUACUGAAGAGACAGAAAAGCGUGUGAUUCACUAGAAUGCACCACUGGAAAAUUAAUAGGACAGUUAAUUGACGUCUCUCCCAUUGUUGAGAAUUGGAUUUUGGAAUCUUCCCCUUAUUUGGGUGAAUAUAAACAGCAAUAAAAUCGGUAGGUUUUCUAAUCCUUAAAGAUUUUACCUGAGGUUAUAACUUUAGGAAUAUCCAUUCUCCUCUCUUGCGCACUUGCGCUGCGCGCACACAUAUACACUUCAAGCUGUCAUUGUAUUCUAAUUUGGCAGUAAUCUCUGGCAGACCUAUAGAAAAAUAGGCUGCACUUGAUACAUAAUGAAACCAAAGGCAUUGUAACUCAUCCUAGUUUUCCAUCAAAAUCAUACUUUCACACUGUACCUACAACUUGGAAAACAUUUUUUUCACAUGUGGAAAAUUCCCUACAAAUACCCACUUGUCUCACAAAGUAAAGCAUGGCUAUGUAAUUACACUGAUAAAACAUCUCUAGUACAACUGUGAAAAUACUGGUGAGAAAGCAGAUGGACUUAAAAAAGCAUUGACCUGAAAACAGCAUUCUUUAAAGGCUUUUGUAACACUGGUGUCUGUCAGUCUCCAAUAAUAGCCUGUGGGUCCUACUGUUCCGUGAAAUGCCAAUGCCUUUGCCUUUGUAUGGUUUCAGAUCUCUUUAGUGAUGGCCGACCCCACUUGGUAUUAAGUAACAAUUCAGGCAGAAAAUAUAUACUGCUUGAUUUUGUAGCUAAAGGUUUACCAGUCUUCUUAGUGAUAUGCUGAAGUGGCAGCAAUUAACUUGGCAGUUGUCAGUUGAGAAUGAAAGUAGCAUGUAUGAAAACAGUUUGAUGCUUUAUGAAAACCAUGUAGAUGACUUUAAAACUAUUGCAUGAACAUACACAUCCAGGUUACUAAGCUGUUAUACAGUAAAUGCAUGGUUCCAGUCCUUCGGUGAUAUAUCUAGUCAAUCAUUGUUUUCACCUGCCAGGAAAAGUGAGCAACCAGUCUAUUUGAUAGGUGUAGAGAGUGUGGGGUAUGAGACAUCAGAAAUCGAGUUUAAGGAAGUUUCUUGUAUGUGUUCAUUUCUGCUUGUGCACAAGUUUCAUAUGCCAAUAUAGGCUGUAUCCAGUUUUUAAAAUAAACAUUAUUUGAUAUGUUUAACUGUGUCUCAUAUCAACUGCUUUUGUCUAUGACCUAUUUGAACAAGAAUUCAGUCAGCUUUCAAGGUGCCUUUUCAAAAGGAACUCCUAAUCAGACUGAUACGUACAGACCAUUAAAUGGUAGGAUACAAAUUGGAUGGGGUCUGUCUGCUGAGGUGCCUAUGUUCUUCGGAUCAGUUGUGCAGUUCUUUUUUCUAGUAAAAAGUUUUCUUAUUUUUUCUUAAAACAUUGUUAGUUUGAUGUAUCUGGUAACAUACAGACCUGACUAUACAUUUUAAAUUAAUUCACUGUUUUGUGAACUGGGUCUUUAGAAGAAAGCACCUUUACCAUUUUGUUAAAGUACACUGCCCCUUAAAUUUGGGAGUAGGUCUUAAAAGUUUAAAGUGGUAAUAGACAAGCCUGAGACUUUCUAUUAAUAAAAAGCAUUGUAAGAUGUUUCGAAUGGUGAUAACUUUGUUUGGGAGAGUGUAGAGGCAGGGGGUUUUAAAGAAACAAAGAAAUGCAUUGUAAAAAAAGUAGUUUUAGAGCAGAUUAAGAAUGGUGGGGAAAGUGUUGCUAAUUUGUUUAUUUCCCUGAAAGAAAUGGGAUGUGUGAUGAGCAGUUUAAUAAUUUUUAAGGAGCUGGUCUCAAUUUUAGUACUUUUUAAUUAUUUUGUUAUUGCUUUGUCCCAGUUAUCUAGGGUUCAUAUCCAACUUUCUGUGGCAACUCAAGUUUUAUAUGGUAUUUUAAAAGGUAAUUGUAAUGUCUUUGACAGUAUAAGCAAAAAAAUGAAAAUAUAAGGCAUAGAAAAAUUGUCCUUUGAAAAUAUCAAUGAUGUAUCCUGGAAUGUGAAAAUAUCCCCCUUUAUAGUUAAAAUUGAUUUAUUUUUAUUGUAACCAUUGUUCAGACUUUGAAUGAGUUCAUGUUACAUGUUACAGUGUGUGUCUGUAUUAUCUGUAGAGAAAGACAAAUGACAAAUGAAAUGUUACUUUAGGCACUGUCUGUGUUGCACCACUACUGUAUCUUCAUGAAAGAAUUAACAGUAUUUUCUUAUUGUAAAAGUUAAUUAUGAUGACGUUUUCACAUUCACCAGACAUGCUUUUUUUUUUCUAUAUUAUUUGCAUCCCCAAAUAUUUAAAACAAGUAGAUUUUGCAUGGCUUGGGCAUUCAGAGAUUAUUAGAACGAUGACACAAUUUUAAUUUUUAAAGCCAUGAAAAGUUGCUUUGAGACUGAACAAUUCUGAAUUCUUAUUUAUAAUGACACCCAAUGUCCAUGUUUUCCCUACUGUAAAAGAAUUGAUCAGUUUCUUCAUUAAAACAGCAAAAACUUAUUAAAGCUUGUAAAUAUCAUUUCUCUUAGAUUUCUGUGUAUGCUGUGAAUCAAAUUAUUUUGAGGUGAAAUUGUACAAAGGCAUUUUCAAAGGCUAUGCAUGCAUCGUACCUCCAAACAGUUACAUAUUCGGAAAGUCAACGAUUCCUCCAAAAUAAAUUAAUAAACUAAAAGCAAACAUUA